AUGUCCAAGUCACCAAAGGAUUCUACGCGGUUUACGGCCACUGGAGUAUGGGCGCACACAAGACCCGGCGGGCGGGCAACGACGCUACAAUUCGCAGAUCCCGCACCGCCAAAUGAAACGCCACAGCAAAAGGUCAAGCGGUUACGAGAGGCGGCGAAUAGGGCGAAGAUGGCGCAGGUCACAAGGUGGGAUUACAUGUACUUGUACGGCAGAAUGGCAGCGGAUGCGGCGCACAGAUUCACCGUCUAUGGAUUGAUCUUUGCAACAGGCUGCGUUGGUGUUCUCGCCGUCUUUUCAAUAGGUGACAUGAUUGUCUACAACCGGCGGAAACGAGCCAUAUACUUUGCCGAAGAGGAGCGGACACAAGCCAAGAUCCUCGAAGCUGCCCGCAACGCCGUCGCAUCCGGAACCGCAUCGCCGGCGCAGGCCGCUCUUGUUACAGGUAUCGCAGAGGAGCAGGAAGCGCUGGAGAAGAAGAAGGCGGAGCGAAAGGCGCCGUCCAAGUUGUUGUGGUGGAUGCACGGCGAUUGGAAGGAGGACCAAGCCAUUGCAGAGCAAAGAAGGCUGGCUGUAGAAGAAAUCAAGCGGCAAGAGGCUCUAGGAAACUCCAAACUCGGCAUUACUGCCGCCGUGCAGGAGGCGAGGGGUAACGACGCCUCGUUCACAUCAGCAGCGACAUCAUCAACACGGGCAGUAGGAGGGCCACUAGACAAUACUGCGGAAAAGGCGGUGCACAAAGUCGAGGAGAAGAGCAAGGGGUGGUUUGGAUGGAUGUCGGGAGCGUCUAAGAAGGAGUAG